UUAUAUCAGUGAAUUCGCAUUGUAUGUGUCUCUCUAACAAUAAAGUGAAUUGACAAUACGGUUCGCGAUUAUAUUGUUAGCAAGAGUAAUUGAAAGAAUUCAUUGCAAGUUUGUUAUAAGACUAGAAUUCUAACGGUAGUUGAAGGAGAAAAGUGUUUACAUGUUUGUGAAACAAUUAUAAAACCUUUGAGAUAGUUUCGAAAACAAAUUUAACGGAAGGCGAUGAAUUCUAAAGCAGCACAUAAACUGAAGGUGCUAUUACAAUGUGAGGAGAUUCAAGAAGAUUGUUCUGCGCAUUGGUUGCUUCAGCAGUUUGCCACCACAAAUGAAAAUAGUUGCACAUUGGUGGAAUUUGCAUUAUAUUUCCUGAAUAAUCUGAGACAACAUACCGAAAAUCAUUUAAAGUCUAACGCUUUCGAGGUAUCUAAAUGUCGAACACCAAUUAGAGGUAGCUCGAUGGAUAGAAGCACAAUAGAUGUGCAAAGAUCAAAUAAAACUUCGCUUGAAGAAUUUGCCUGCACAACACCACGUUUAUGUACCUCGGCUGAUCGUAUUAGUUUUUCACAAACGUUUUCUACGAAUGCGACACCGAGCAAACAUAAUCUUUUGAUGAAUUCUCGGAGAUUAUCCAAUAUACCAUCAUCAACCAAAAAUCCUUUAGGAUCGAGCCGUUGUUUGGGUGAUUUUAUAAUUAUGAACUCACAAUCACCAAGCAGCAGGUUGAACAAAAAGAAAGCAUUACAACAACACCAACAACAACAAAUUGCAGAGGGCGGUAAAGUGAGAGUUGAAAAUCCUAAGAAACGUGUGGUACCUACGACCCUUAGCAGAAAAAAUGAAUCUCCAUCGACGUCGGUGUUUGCUGGGGAGAGUUCAUUUAGUUCUGAAAACAAUAUGGCUAAUGUUGUCCAUGAAGAGAUAGAGAAUAAAGAACACUGUGAAGUACUAGCAGCCAGAAAAAGUCUGAAAUCAAAUCCUGACGAGAUAACUAAAGAAGUACUAAAAGUUUCUUUAACUUCCGCGACUAGAGCAGGGGAAUUUGUUGAAGAUAAAUAUUUUGAACAAUUGCAAUCUGGAGAACUCGUAUUAGAUUUUGAAAGUCUUAAGAAUAACACGCAUUUGCAUAAGUUAUCAAACUUAUACUCAGUGCUCAUUGAUUUAAACCUCACUACGAAUGUUUUAAAUGAAAUCUCUUUGCUAGUGAACCUGCUGAAUGCCACCAGUUCUAUAGUGAACACAAAGUCCUCAUCUGACAUUUACCAUCAUUUAAAAAAACUAACUCUUAAAGAUACUGAAGACUUGGCAUGUGAACUGCCUAUGAUGCAGUUGGAAAAUCUUUCAAAAGCUGUCUACUUUGCCUACAUCACAUUAAUUAAACAAAAACAUACAAUUGCUUUAUUAGAUCACAAAUCAAUAAACGUAAUACUGAAUAGCGACCGUUGGCAUUAUCUUCCAGAAGAUAUUAAGUCGUAUUUGAAAGAAGUGUACCGCUGUAAACAAAAACUGGACUUGCAUAAAAACAGCAAUGAUAUUGUGGAAAGCUAUGAACCAAAACAGUUUGUCAAUGUAUAUUUCCAAGUAGAUCAAAAUUCACGUCAGUUUUUCAGUUCUCAGCAGGAAUUUGCCAACUUUCGUGCCCAACGUGAUCACUUCUAUAAAAUCCUCAACAUUUGGGAAUUAAAUCACUUGAAUCGGAAUUGGUCGUUUUCGAACGAAAUUGCGCCGAGAAUAAAAGAUAUAUUUGAGGUGUCAGAGAGUCCAAUCAAUAUGGCACAUUUUGCUAAACUUUUCGUGUCACAACUGCUAAUAUCAUCUACUAAUUCUACCUCACCAGAUGAUAUUGGUAUCGAGGUCGAUUUGUUGAAAUUCAAUAAACUGACACAGCGAUUAAUUACUCCGAGCAGUUUCUCUAUGGAUUAUCAAUUUCCUCAUACUCAAAGCUUUUUUCGAGAUUUCAUAGCUGAAGCCCGCUCAUUAGCAUUUGCUGAGCAACUAAAAAUGGAACUUUAUUCAGAAUUAAUAAAUCUGAAUGAUAGUUCGUUUGACCAGAUUUGCAUUAACAGUUCGAAAGAGGAUGAAGGCGACAAGAAUCAUUCACCUUUUCAUAGAUACGCAGGAUGUGGCGAACAAUAUGUUGUUAAGCAAAAGUUGAUGGCGUCUAUGCUGGUGUUAGCGAAAUUUUUAGGUUUUGCGAUAGCUUUACCAUUCGUAAACCCGAUCAAUAAUAAUGGCAAUAGAGGUGACAUGUUAUCGAUGCCUGUAUCUAUAGAAAAAAAGCAAAUGGCAUUGCGAAGUUCAAUGCAGCCCAACUUCAAUACUACUAAAAUACUUCAAGAUAGCUUAAUGGGGGGUAAACUGCUAAUAACAUUGCCUUGGAUGGUUCAAUACCUUGGUAUGCUUGAUAGGGUUACCUUGCAGUUGGAUAAUUACGAAAAAACAUUGCGCUUAGUGUUUGCUUUGUAUGGAAGUCUUGGUUGGUGUAUUGAUCAAUCAAAUACGUUUAGUUUUAUCAUUCGCGUUUGUCUUGGUUGGUUGUUUGAAAACAAGCAAAUUAUUAGUGAACAAUAUUUUGAUUUUAGUGGACUAUGUCAUACCUAUAACGCUGAACAGCCUAGUGAACUACAGUUUGUUCGAACGUGGUUGCAAGCAGAGCCAUUGCAAAGUUUUGAUCUCAAUCCAAUGCUUGAAGACUUACUUCACGUUGCUUGUCCAUUUCUGGCAGAGUUCCGCAUAUCUAUUAUGCCGGCCAAAUAUGCUCAAACCAAAUAUGCCUCACGUAGCGGUCGAUUUCGUUAUAUAACUCCACGCCUAUCGGAUUUAUCUUCACCUGCUCCGUCCAAUAAAGCUGUUUACUUCUUCGCGGCUAAUCAGCAGACAACAACUAGUCAAAAGCGAUUAGUUCAAGCUUUCCUUCAUGCCCAAACUGCCUCGACGCGCCAGCUGAUAAGUUUCUGCAUAGAACGUUGUUACAGGAGUGCCGUCAAAGAUGGGCAUUACAGAAUUCUCGUGCCCUCAAAAAGUGAUGCUGAUACUUUAGUAAAUAGAAUAGAAUCUUUCGAUUAUUAUAAAGUGUUCGAAGAAAUUGAAUCUAUUUAUUCUAGUGCUCAAGAAAAAGCUACCCAACAUUGGAAUACAUCCGUACCGGGACGGUUGAAAGAACGCAUCCAAAAAGCGCUGGAAGCUUUUCUGCCUGCAGAAACUAAUCCCGUUUUGCAGGAAACGUAUUUUAUGAUUAUUAAGCAUGAAGCAGCACAAAAAGUCAACGAUUGGUUUCACGUAAAUAUGGAAAAAAAUAAAUUUUAUUGUAACGACUUAGAUGAAUUAGUGACCAAAGUUUGCAAUGCUAACAGAAAUAAAACUUAUAUGGGUUCCAGCGAUUUAAAAAUAACUCGUUCGAUUCCCAGUCUUUCCCAGCUUCUUGAUGGAUUGCAGCAAUGGUUACACUGUACCUCAGUACAGUUCGAUGUUUUAAGCGAUAAUUUUGCCUCUUUAACUAAAUUAUUGAAACUAUUACGUGAAGCAUUUGAAAAUGUCCUACCAGCAUUGUUCUUUCAUGUUGUGGGUAGUAGCACUGUACAGUUGACGCAACGUCUAAUCGAUCGACAUACUCAAUAUGUAACUAAUGAACUCAUUGAAGCGGCUUGUAAUUUGUGGCUUCAUCCGAAAAUGCAAGCUGCUCUAAAAAUAACGACUAAAAAGGAUAAAGAAUUGGAAGACACUCAUUACAGCGAGAAUACCGUGCCAAGCAUCUACGAAAGUUUUAUAACAAUUCCGUUUAUUGAGUCCCUUGGUACCAGGCGUCCCUGUUUCGACAGGCUGGCGCAAGUUUUGAUUACCAUGAUUAAAAAACAUGUGAUUACCAUUGAUUAUACUAAUGAACUGUUAGUGCCGAUUUUCAAGCAUGAUUGGCAUCCGACCAUUUUGUCAGAAAUUUCAGAAAUGUUACGUUUCAUAGCUAAGGAAACGACAUUAGUAUGCAGUGAAAGUAGUUACAUCAGUGAUGAUGAAGACGGAAAUGAUGGUAAUAAAAAAUCUAGUCUUUUUAUGGAAAUGUUGGCAGAUUUCUCACGUGAUUCUGAAUUUUUAUGAAAUAUUACAUGAAAAAUUAAUAAAGAUUUAUAAAAAGCAAU